GUGGAUUUAGGUACUCCAUAUUAACUGCGGAUAUGGUAAAGACUUUAUUACCGGUUCCGUCUUCCAGACCGACUAAAUACUAUUCCUUUCUUCUCCCCUUUUUCUCUCGGCGUGCCCGGGAAAAUGGCGGUUGCGAUGAGAAUGGUUUUGGGCCUACUGACAUUUGUCGCCAUUGGAAUGAUUAUCGGAGCUCUUGUGCAAUUGGCAUUUAUUCGGCGGUUGGAAGAUUCAUAUGGGAUGGAACCCACUUUGAGGGGAUUGCGUGGGAUUCGACAUGCUGUCCAUCCUUUGCCAAUAGGAGUUUCACAUUUGGCUUAUGACAAAGAAGCUCUAAUGCUACGUCUUGGUUAUGUGAAACCUGAAGUACUAAGCUGGUCACCAAGAAUAAUCUUGUUUCAUAACUUUUUAAGUACAGAGGAAUGCGACUAUCUUAGAGGUAUUGCAAAGCCCCGCCUUCAUGUUUCCACAGUGGUGGAUGUAAAAACUGGAAAAGGAAUCAAGAGCAAUGUCAGGACAAGUUCUGGUAUGUUUCUGAAUCCCGAUGAGAGGCGAUACCCUAUGAUACAGGCAAUUGAAAACCGGAUAGCUGUCUAUUCUCAAAUACCAAUUGAAAAUGGGGAGCUCAUUCAAGUGUUAAGGUAUGAGAAGAAUGAGCUGUACAGACCACAUCAUGACUACUUCACUGAUGAAUUUAAUAUAAAGCGGGGAGGUCAAAGAGUAGCAACCAUGCUCAUGUAUUUAAGUGGUGAUGUUGAAGGUGGAGAAACAUACUUUCCAAUGGCAGGUAACAGUGAGUGUAGCUGUGGCGGGAAAAUGGUUAAAGGGUUAAGUGUAAAGCCUGCUAAAGGAAAUGCCGUGCUGUUCUGGAGCAUGGGGCUCAAUGGAGAAUUGGACCCGAGUAGCCUGCACGGAGGAUGUGAGGUUGUGUCCGGAGAGAAGUGGUCUGCCACAAAAUGGAUGAGGCAAAGAGCUAUUUCCUGAUUCAGCUGUACUCUGUAUGAUAUUUUUUUAAGACAUCUUAUUAUUACUUCUUAACUUUACAAAGCAUUUUUUUUUGGAUAUUCAUUUUUUAUUUUUUUGGGAGAGAAAUCUCCGAAACGGGUUAGGGUUAAAUUCGGCAAAAGAAGCAUGUUACAUAGAGCUUAGUAUUAGUAGUUAUACAGCAUCUGGGUGCAAUAGAAAUUAUAAGAGGAU